AUUGGUGCCGCUAUCCACCAGACCACCGGCACUUGCAGUACCCUAGCUUUUCAGUGCAAGAACUUCUCUCCUUGAUCCCGUGCCUGCUUUCUGUGGUAUUUGAGUGCCGUAGUGAUGAGAUUAUGAAUAGACUCUUCGCAGCUCCCAUCGCCAUGCUUGCGACGCUCACCUUGGUGGUUGUCCUUCUCUGGGUCGUCCAGAAAUCUAUCGAGUUCUAUCAGAAUGUCAAAGCGGUUGGAAACCACCCUGGAAACCGCACAAUUCUCUGGCACAACCAUCUUCUCGCCCACUUUCUUCCUCCAAUUCGUGGUUUGACCAGUGGUACCAACUAUGUCUUUAACAAGAAAUACGCAGUUUAUGAACAGACAGGAUGGGACAUUGUUACCUGCAUAUCAUCAUUCCCAGCGCCGAGAGUUGAAUUCCUUAUUGCCGAUGCUGCGAUCAUCAAAGACGUAACCGUAGCGCAUGUGUCUUUCCCAAAACCUGUCUUCCUGUACCGAGCGCUCUCUAUAUUCGGCAGCAACAUCGUCGCAUCCGAAGGGCAUACUUGGAAAAAAUAUCGAAAGAUCAGUGCCCCGGCAUUUUCUGAUAGAAAUCACCGACUCGUAUGGGAAGAAUCCUUGAACACCACGCGGGACCUGAUCAAUACCAUCUGGAAGGGCAAGGAUGUGGUGGAAAUAGACCGUGUGGACGAUAUUACACUACAGAUAGCUCUGAAUGUUAUUGGCGUGGCGGGCUUUGGUCGCAAGAUGCCUUGGCAAGCUGACACGGUCGUCCCUCCGGGACACACGAUGGCCUUCCAUGAUGCCAUGCGUCUUGUGAGUACCGGAAUCAUCUUAAGGAUCACCGUGACCCGGUGGAUCAUGGGGCUGAUACCCAAGUGGGUGAAGGUGAGAGCUGCAUUCGAUGAACUAGAGUUGUAUAUGCUGGAAAUGAUCAGAAAUCGGCGAACGACGGCGAAGAAGGAGGAAAGAUAUGAUUUGUUCAGCAAUCUUCUGGAUGCCAAUGAUGACGAACUUUUGGUCGAAGGAGAGGCAAAAUUGACAGAUCAAGAACUUCUCGGGAACAUUUUCGUGUUCCUACUAGCUGGACACGAGACUACAGCCCACACACUCGCAUUUACAUUUGCCCUGCUAGGGCUCUAUCCGGACCAGCAGGAGAUCCUUUACCGCCAUAUCAAAUCCAUCAUCCCGAAUGGGCGGAACCCAACCUUCGAAGAAAUGCCCCUCUUCACGCAUUCCAUAGCUGUGCUUUAUGAAGCUCUUCGCUUAUUCCCAUCCGUGCCGCCGAUUCCUAAGAUAAGCGCUGAGGAUACCGUCUUCGUUUCUACUAAUAAGGCGGGCGAACGCAAGACCAUUCCCGUACCUCAAGGUGCCAUGAUAACAAUUGAUGUGGCAGGGUUACAUUAUAAUCCGAGGUACUGGAAAGACCCUGAGGUGUUCAAUCCGUCAAGAUUUCUGGGUGAUUGGCCGAGGGAGGCGUUUGUGCCAUUCAGUCAGGGUGCGCGUGCGUGUAUAGGUCGAAAAUUUUCUGAAACUGAGAGUGUUGCUGUACUCACGAUGCUCAUCUCGAAGUACAAAAUAACGGUCAAGGAAAAGCCCGGGGAAACAUUCAAGGAAAGAAAGGAAAGAGUUUUGAAAACUAGGGCUAGUCUUACUUUGAUGCCUGUUCACAUGCCACUUGUGUUUUCAAGACGAGAAUAAGGUGCAUGGACUUGUGGCAUAGCACUCACUGUAUGAUUAACAGAAUCAUGAUAUACUAUUCUAUGUCCUUGUUGGUUUCAUUGUUGAGAUACAGGGGAAAGACUGUCUAUUCCACUGAUAAUUCCAGACUACUUAAUAUGAAUCACUGCCGGAUAUGCG